AUGACGCGCGGUAACGCUCGCGAGCUUGCGCGUGCCAAGAACCAAAAAAAGCAGGCCGACCAGAACAAGGGAAAGAACGCGAGCGGCAUGUCGCUCGCGCAGCGCCGCGAGGCGGAUGCAAACGCGCUCCGUGCGAAGCAAGAGGCCGCUGCUGCGAAGAAGGCCGCUGCUGGGCAAGGAGGGAGCUAG